CGUGAUUUUAUUUUAUUUGCCUGUAUAUGCAUAUGUUAUCAGGUUAAUAGUGAUUGAUUGUAAAGAAAUUAUCGAUUUCAAAGCAGGAAUAGUAUGGCAGAGAGUAUUGCAGUUAAUUGUGAACCUUGUGGGUAUGAUGGUUUAUCAAAGUCUGCUCAUUUAUGGUGUAAUGACUGUGGAGAAGGCUUCUGUGAAGAAUGUGUCAAAGACCAUAAAAGGACAAAAUUACUACGAUCCCACCACUUGAUUUCAAUAACUGACUACAUGAACAACACAGAGCUGGUCAAUGAUGACAACUGUGAGAGUCACAAAGAGCCAUUUGAAUUUUUCUGCUCACAACAUGACUCAAUACUUUGCCUAAAAUGUUUCCAAGACCAUCACAGUAAUUGCAAAAUAUCUAAGCUGUCAGAAGUUACAAAAGGAUCCAAAACUUCUACUGCACUAGCAGAUCUUGAAAACGAGAUUCAAAGUACGAGUCAAAACUUUGAUGAAUGUCAAGAGAAGGAAGACAAAUAUACUACUGAUUUGAAAGACCAAGAACAAAGUAUCCGAGAUGAAGUUAUUGAUAUACGUCGCAAAAUAAACAACCACUUAGACCAGUUACAGAAAACUCUUCUAAGAGAUCUUGGUUUGAAAUAUAACAAUUGCUCUACAAAUGUAACCGAGUAUUUUUCUGCUGUUAAGGUAAAAAAUGCCGACAUAAAAGCGCUACACAUUCGUAUUUCUAACAUGAAGAAGUAUGCAUCUGAGAAACAAGUCUUCAUUGGAAUACGGCAAAUAGGAAAUCUAUUUAAUAAACAUAAACAAGACAUUGAGAAAAACUUACAGAGAGAGACAAAGUUCGAUUUAGAAUUAACAACGAAUGAUGUUGAAAAGUCUUUACUUUCAGACCUCAAAUCAUUUGGUGAUAUUGUCGUCCGCGAAAGUUCUGACACGUUUAAGUUCGUCGAUCGUUCAAAGAAACAAGCACAACUCAACAUUCUGAAACAUGACUCAAUCGAUAGAAUCAAUCUGCAUCUUCAUCAAUCGAUAGAGAUAACACGUCUACCAGGUCAGGCAAUGUCUCUGACUCCUUGUGUUAUUCUUCCUACAAAGCAGCUUGCAUUUGCUGAUGAAAUGUAUAACAGACUCGUAUUUUAUAACGGCGACGGGAGUUUCAGUGGUAAGAUUGAAGUCGGUGAAAUACUUGAUCUUACGCCUAUUGAUAGUAAUCACAUAGCUGUUCUUGUCGAUGGACAUAUUAAGAUAGUGGAUAUCAAUACAAAGAAGAUAGAAAGGACUAUUAAUGAAUGCAAUGAAGCUGAAUGGGGAAUAUACUAUGGAAACGGAAAGCUGUACGUUGCGGGGGAAAGACGCAUAAAGAUGAUUUAUUUGGAUGGAACUGGUUUGCAAUAUGUUCCUGUAAAAUUGGAUGGGGUUUAUAAUGUAGCAGUACACAAUGAUCAGAUAUUUUGUGUAAGCUUGAAUACUGAAACUAUUUAUGCUAUUGACCAUGCUGGUAAUCAAUUAUGGACAUUUCAUGACAAUCGUUUACAUAGUCAAACAAUCUUUAGGUAUUGUGUUUCUACUUCAUUAGAUGUGGAUAAGCAUGGUAACGUUUUCAUUGUUCUACCAGACUAUGAUCAGGUUCUAGUAGUAUCUAGUGACGGAAAACAUCACCGUGAUAUUCUGGACAAAUCAAAUAAUCUUAAUGGUCCAAACGGGAUUUCUUAUUGUCGAGAAACUGACCAACUGUUAGUUUGUAACAUAAGCAACGAAGUUGCGUCAAUUUAUGACAACAUAAUUUGAUUGCAUUUAAAGUGAUUACAUCUAUUUAUGUAAUCUUUUGUUAUCGUCACAGUCAACUGCAACAAUCUGUAGGGACACAAUUGUUUUUGAGUCUACCGCAAAUUCAUGUUAUGAAAUAUCUAAGUGCAAAUUUCUGGACAAAAAAUACUUUAUACGACUUCCUCUCGUAUCAUUUAAACAGAAUGAUUUGUAUUUUAAAUUAUUAACCAUACAUGUAAGGGAAUUUUCUUAAAUUUAGAAAGUUUUUUUUUAGUUCCUUAUUUAGUUUAGGGUAAAAGGCCAUGAGACAGCAAUCCUACAAUAAGAAUAACAAAAAAUAGUGGAAGGGAAAUAUAGUCCACAACACUACACAAUUGUAAUUAAAACUUGUCAAUUAAAAAAAACCCAUCAGAACAAUUAACUUUUAAAAUAAGACAUAACAUUAUAAAUGCUAUGGGUUAUGACACACACCAACGUUGUUCAUUUGGAUUUCAUUCUAAGAGAUAUGGUACGUGAAGGAAAAAGAUACCCAAUCAGCCUUACCUUUAUAAAUUCAUUUUUUUCCCAAUAAAAUAGUUGACUGUAAUGUGAAGAUGUUCUUACAGACACAAAUGUAAAAACAGCAAAAUAUAAUGUUUUAUUACAGUAUAAGAGGUAUACGAGAGAGAAUACUUUAUAUGUAGAAAAAAAUACAACAAUAAAUAUUUGAGAUAAGAAUUUACUUUAAUGUAACAAAUGAAUAUUCAAACAAAUCCAAUAAUUUUACAUUUGUACCUACGAAAUUUGAGAAGAUGUUUCGAACUGAUUUAGUUAGGACGUUAUUUUAUUUAACUUGAUUAUAGGUAAUACAGGAGGCAAAUUGACUCAUGUUAUUUUGUGGUUUAGGUUGUAAGUAGCUGUGUAUUUGGAAAUAAAGCAAGUCAAAUUAAUCA